CUUUAAACGUUCCUCGUCAUCUUUUUGAUAACCAGACAACCUGAAACCGUCAGUUUUCAGCUACUUAUUGAUAAGUCUAUACAAUCGCAACGUUCUACAAUACUCUCCAUUAUGAAGAUUACUAGCAUAGCUAUUUUGGCAUUUUUGAGCGCUACUGCUACUGCGCAGACCGGUUCAAAAUGGCUGAGCUAUUGUAAGGGUGCAUCACAGGAUCUAGGCCAGUCCCUCUGUAAGAAGAAGGGGGGCACCUGGGGGCCUCGUACAGACGCUCCAGCGGAAUACAAGAGCCGUUCCGGCUAUUACUGUCUUGGUGCUGGUUGGUGGGGAGAGGAUCCAUGCCCUGCUGAAUACGGGAAAGGCUUCGAGGUUAUUAACUUCAACACGUAAAGAUACAUGCUACGAACGUGUCCUGGGAGCCUACGAGGUCCCGGGAGGAAGUUUUCUGGGAUCAUGCGUAGUUUAGGGAACUGUCAUGGGGCGGUUUGUUGCUUUAUUCAUAGACCGUUGCCAGCGACCAAUGGCCUCUGAUGCGGCAUAUUAGUUAGUGAUGUGAUCACCUGACCAUCAGUAGCUAUCAAUAUUUACGUG